CGAUAUGGCGCUAAUAAUUUAGCAUCAAAAGAGAAGUGUCAACUUAUAGAGAAUGGCACAAGAGAUGGCGAGGUUUGGAGGAACAAGCGAAGAAGACGAGGAGGAGAUGGAGAUGGAAGUGAAAGCAGAGGAUGACGAAGAUGACGAUGAUGAGGAGGAGGAGAAGAAAAACAGGAGUGACUUCACCUCGAUGAUGGCCACGAAUGCAGGUAUCAUCGGAUCAAACAGCACUAAUCGAUUUCAACAUCUGCACCAGCAGCACCACCAUCUUCAACAGCAACAACAUCCGCAAUUCCAGGAACAAAUGACUUCCAGUGGAGGAGGAGGAGUUCGAAGGUGCAGAGCAAAAGAGGAGAAAGAGAGAACGAAGUUACGGGAGCGACAUCGAAGGGCGGUCACAGCGAGGAUCCUGGCCGGCCUAAGAAUGCAUGGGAACUAUAAUCUCAGGGUUAGAGCCGAUAUAAACGAUGUGAUCUCUGCCCUCGCUAGAGAAGCUGGGUGGGUUGUUCUUCCAGAUGGAACCACCUUCCCUUCCAGAUCUCAGAGUGCCAGACCUGUUGCUGCAACGCCUGUUGAAGCUGUUACUUCGUCUUCGCAUACGGUGGCAGCUCAGAAUCCACCUGCUUCCCUCAGGGGAGUCUCUCUUGAGUUCCGGAACACUGCGGAUCACCGUCCCUACCGUAUGAAGGACGUCUUUAUGCCAAAUCCUUCAUCUUACGAUGGCUCUUCUAGUGCUCGGUCUCGCAUUGGAUCCAUGGUGGUCGAUAGAGGAGAUCAGCAGGUAAUAGACAUACAUCCGGAGUUUCAAGAGCGUGAUUUUGCAGGCAGCCCUUAUGUUCCAGUUUAUGUGAUGCUGCCGCUGGGAGUUAUCAAUACGAACUGUGAGCUUGUUGAUCCAGAGGGUUUGUAUUGGCAGCUACAGAAAUUGAAAUCAAUUAAUGUUGAUGGUGUGAUGGUUGAUUGUUGGUGGGGAAUAGUGGAGGCUCAUGCUCCGCAAGAGUAUAAUUGGAGUGGUUACAAGAAGCUUUUUCAAAUUGUUCGUGAUCUCAAUCUCAAAUUGCAGGUCGUAAUGUCAUUUCAUGAAUGUGGACGAAAUGUUGGUGAUGAUGUACACAUUCCGCUGCCUCCUUGGGUGGCAGAAAUUGGUAAAGAAAAUCCUGACAUUUUUUUCACUGACAAAGACGGUAAGCGGAACUCAGAAUGCCUCACAUGGGGUAUUGACAAGGAACGGGUUUUAAGAGGCCGAACUGCUGUUGAGGUGUACUUUGAUUACAUGAGAAGCUUUCGAGUAGAAUUUGAUGAGCUCUUUAAGGAUGGAAUUAUCUCAGAGAUUGAAGUUGGGCUAGGCCCCUGUGGGGAGCUACGAUAUCCUUCCUAUCUCGAGAAGCAUGGCUGGGAAUAUCCUGGCAUUGGUGAAUUCCAGUGUUAUGAUCAAUAUUUGAUUAAGAGUCUGAGGAUGGCAGCAAGAGCAAGGGGACAUGACAGUUUUGCUAGAUUUCCAAAAGACGCAGGUUCUUACAAUUCCUACCCUCAUGAAACGGGCUUCUUUCGUGAUGGGGGUGAAUAUAAUAGCUACUAUGGCAGAUUCUUCCUUAAUUGGUAUUCUCAAGUUUUGAUUGACCAUGCCAACCUUGUGCUUUUUUUGGCCAAGUAUGCUUUCGAAGGCACCUCUAUUGCUGCAAAGGUAUCAGGUAUUCAUUGGUGGUACAAGACAGCCAGCCAUGCUGCUGAAUUGACUGCUGGGUUUUACAAUCCUAGCAACAGGGAUGGCUAUACUUCAAUUGCUGCAAUGUUAAAGACACACGGGGUCACUCUUAACUUCACAUGUGCUGAAUUGCGCACUGUGCAUCAAGAGGAGAAAUACCCAGAGGCACUAGCCGAUCCUGAGGGCCUUGUCUGGCAGGUAAGCAGUAAAAGGGGACUUAUGAUUUUGCUAAUUUUUGCAACAUCUAGGACAUGUUUUUUUGGCAAGAUUUGUGGGGGCAGAAACUGCUGA